AUUAAUGGCGCGGACAGCCCGCGGCGCCUCUCCUAUUCCUACGACGGCGCCGGAGCCAGCCCUCCACCGACGCCCCCGUCCUCGGUGGUGGUAGCACGCACGACGCGAUCGCCAUUGCCGCCACCUGCGCGAUCGGACACGCGCGCGGCGAGACAAUGACCUCCUCCGUAGCCCCAACCACGGCCGCUUCCCACCUGCAUAUUACCACCACCACCGCCACCGCCACCGGGACCACCUCUGCAAUCACAUCGCCCUCCUCAAACCACAGCCUCAGCAACGCGCACGCGCGCUCCUCCCCGCAUUCGGCGAGCAGCUCCCCUCGCGGCAGCAGCACCACCGGCGGCACAGGCGGCGGCAGCGGCAGCGGUAGCGGGAGCACGAACCAGGCGUGCGCGGCGUGCAAGUACCAGCGGCGCAAGUGCAACCCGGACUGCCCGCUCGCGCCCUACUUCCCCGCCGACCAGCAGCGGCGCUUCCUCAACGCGCACCGUCUCUUCGGGGUCAGCAACAUCCUCAAGACGCUCAAGAAGCUCAGGCCGGAGCUCUGCGCCGACGCCAUGGGCACGCUCAUCUACCAGUCCGACAUGCGCGCGCAGGACCCCGUCGGCGGCUGCUACCGCCUCAUCCUCAGCCUGGAGCGCCAGCUCGAGAUCGAGACGGCCGAGCUCUCCGCCGUGCUCCACCACCUGGCGCUCUGCCGCCAGGCUACCACGGCGGCCACCGCGAUGCCACCGCAGCAGCAGCAGCAGGGCGGCGGCAUGGCUGACCUCGACGUCACGUCCUCCAACCAGCCGCUCCUCCUCAACGCUCAGCAAGAGGUCGUUGACGCACUCUACACGACGACUCACGAAGCUGACACGGCUAUCCUUCCAACCGACGAGGUCGUCCACCAUAGCCCCAAGGAUGAUCACGGUGAGCAGCAGCAGCAGCAGCUCUUCGACUACUUCUACUACGACGCCACCGCCAGCGACGAUGCCAGUAGCAAGCCUACCAUCGACAUCAACCUCGACAACAUGCAACAGUUCGAUUUUGAUGAUAGCUGCGCCGCCGCCGACGACGACAAAGUGGAUCUGACGGCUCCGGCGGGGCCUGAUGAGGAAAUAAGGCAUCACCAGCAGCACCUCGACGUGAAUUGCGGCCAGAUUGACGACCACAAGGAUUAUUUCGAGAUAAAGGCGGCGUCACUCGUCGACGCGUUCGACAUGCGGCAGGAGCUGCAGCCGGUGGUGGACGUGAACGCCGGGGUUGAGAUUGACAUCAAGGCGGUGGAUGUGAAUGCCGGCAUUGGCGUCGACAUCAAGGCGAUGGACAUGAACGCCAACGUCGACGUCAAUGUCGACCUACAGGAGGAGGAUGGCGCCAUCAAUGUCUCCACGGCUGAAGCAGCACAAAUGGCAGCUGAGUCAUCGCAUUGCAGGCUAGGGUUAGGCUUUUCUUCGUUCUGAUCAAACCUUCCAUUGUUCGCAUGCAUGGAUGCCAAUGCAUGUACGAAUAAUUCUUUUUUUUUGGGAUGAUAGAGAAAUUAGAUUUUUUUUUUUUGGUCAACCGAAUGAUCCACAGACUCAUUUUUAAGAAUUAUUAUGUAUGAGAACAAAAAGAUUAUAAAUCAGGCUAGAAUUUCAAUACAGUUUUGCACUAAUAAUAUAGUGUAAGAUUAUGAAAAUUUCAUAAUGUAAUCAUCUUGCAGGUUAAGAUUAAUAAUGCAUCCUCAUCUUUGUAUA